AUGUCAACUACUGCUUCUCGUUAUGCGGAUUAUAGUUCGGCAUGUCCACGUUGUCAACAAAUAAUAAAUACAAUUGAUAUUACAUUUCAACAAGGUAUAUUUAUUUAUGAUCUAACAUUUAUUCAACAAGAACUUGAAUCUGUUCUUGUUGCUGCUUUACAACGUCAACAACAACUUUUACAAUCUGAUGGUGAAAAUUUAACAUUACCAUUAUCAUCAAUGAUACAAUCAACAAAUGGUAAAAAACCACGUGAUUUUAAAGCUGAACGUGAACGUAAACGUAAAGCAUUUAGUGGACAAAUAACACGAAAAAGACGUCGAAGAAAAAAAAUUUCAAAUAUACAUUUAUUAAAACCAAUUAAACGUGAACGUAAUAAUCAAAAUAAUUUGAUAACAAUAAAACAAAAUUUUUUACAUAGAAAAUCAAAUGAAAAUUCAACACGUCCAAUACGAUCAUAUCGUCCAAUAAAUUUUACAUAUCCAUUUUAUUAUGAAACAAAUUCUCGUAAUAGUAAUCAUAAUUUAUCAACAAAUAAAUUACAAUUAAAUCAUAUGUUAUAUCCUGAUCAAUUUUGGAUUAAAAUUAUAACACAACAACAUGAAUUUAUAAAAAAAGAUGAUUGGAAUUAUAUUGAAACAUUAAUUAAUAUUGAUCAAUCAUUAAUUAAUAAUAUUAAUGAUGAAAAAAUUUAUAAUCAAUAUAAACAAAUAAUUAAUUCAAAUGAAUAUCUUUUAACAAAAAAUAAAUAUUUACAUCCAGAAUUAGAAUAUUCAAUUGUAUUAAAACAAAAUUUACAUUUAUAUAAUUUAGUUGAAAAUAUAUUAAAUAAUAAUCAACAUAAAAAUAAUUCAACAUUAAAUAAUCAUCGAUUAAAACGAAAAUAUUCUUCAAUAUCAAAUAAUCAUAAUUCAAUUGAUAUUGAUGAUUCAAUAUUAAAUUUUCUUCGACGUGAUAAUACUACUUUUCCAUCAAAAUAUGCUGAACUUCAACAUCGACUUGCUGAAUCUAUUAGUUUAGAACGUUUAGCUCUUGAUCGUGCUGAAAAACAAUAUAAACUUGAUAGUAUUUUAAUUGAAUUAAAUGAAUUAGAUGAUAAAAUUCUUGAUAUAACAAAUUCAAUACGUCAACGUAAACGACCAAGUGAAAAUGCUAUUUCAUUAUGUAAAUUAACACAACCAAUAAAUAAUAAUCAUAAUCAUCAACAAAAUGGAAAUAAUGAUACUGAUGCAUGGCGUAAAGGACGUCGACAAUCAACAUUACGUGUCUAUGAUGAAUUAGCACGAUUAGUUGAUGAACGAAUUAAUAUUGAAAAACAACUUAUAGAUAUAAAUCUACCUAUCGAAUUAUAA